AUGGAGCCCACGUAUGGCUCCCGACUGAUGCCCACCGCCGUGGACGACAUUGCCCGCGCAACUCCAGAUCUCACUGAUGCCUUCAUUCCCCGCGGUGCCGACAUUGGAGACGGGUUUGUAACCGCUACAUUCUCUGACAUUGCCAAUGCCACCAACCGUCUCGCUGCUUGGAUCGAGUCCAAUAUCGGGACAAGCUCCAACUUCGCCGCCAUUGCAUACAUGGGACUUGGAGACCUUCGCUAUGUUGCCGUAUUCCUCGCAGCCGUCGAAUGUGGCUUCAAGGUCCUUUUGCCGUCGCCCCGGAACCCUGCUUGGAUGAACUCGUCACUGCUGGAGCAGACCAAGUGCUCCCACCUUUUGUAUGGUCCCGAAGUGCAGGGCCUUCUUGGCCCGCUUUCGAGAAGAGGCAUGGUCUACAACGUCUGGAGAGACUUCGAGGCAGCAAGACUGGACCCGAUCCUCAUUCUGCAUUCAUCCGGCUCGACGGGGCAACCGAGGCCGAUCGAGAUGAACCAUGCUACCUUCGCGGUAGGAGAUCAUGACCGCAAACUCCCUGUCGUGCCCGGCAGAACCAACCGGAACUGGGCCCUCUGUGAUUUCCCAGUAAAGGAAACUUUCUUCUCUCCAUUCCCAGCCUUUCACCUUGCUGGGUUCAGCUCCAUGGUCGCGCUCCCCAUUUAUUACUCCAAUGCUGCUUUGGUUCUCAGCCCGCCAAACCGUCCUCCAUCAGGCCAUCUUGUCAGCCAGAUCAUGGACCACUUCACCCUCAAGGCAACAUUCUGCCCACCCAUCAUUGUGGAACAGCUGGUUCAGGAGGUCGGAGGACUAGAGAAGUGCCAAAGGCUCAAGUUCCUGCUUUACGCCGGCGGGCCGCUUUCUCAUGCUGCAGGGGAGGCCCUAAGCAAGGGAACGGAUGUCUGUCAAUUCUAUGGCCAGACCGAAACGGGCCCAGUCCAAGCCCUUGUGCCCAACCGCGAGGACUGA